GUUUUACUCAAUGAGGCCCGACUCAUGAGUCCAGUCCAAAAGUUAGACUCCACUCAACUUAUGUGACACUAUUCAAGACUGUUAUCUCAUUCAUUGGUUGUAGAGGUCUGGAAAGUUUAAGACAGUGGUUAAUGAUGACGCCGACUAUAUUUUAUAUGCUACUGUGCAGUUGGUCUAGGCUCAUGUGUAUCCCCCCUAAGCAAAGAAGCCUCAUAAUCUGUGCUAUCCACAGUCUUGCCUAAGAUAGCCAUCUCCAAAUCUUUACGCUAUACCCCUUCAUUUAUCGCCAUGAGAAGCUUGACCACCUUGGCGGUUUUAGCCGCCGGAACCCAAGCUCUCAUUAGCCGUACCAAUACCUGUUGCUUCCACCUCACUGCCUAUGGUGGUCCUUCGGGCCCUGUCGGACAACUCAGCGACGGACAGAACCGUAUUGGCGACAACAGUUUGCCCACUGCGCAAUUCUGUAUCAGCCCAGAUGCCUCCAUUACUGAUGGUAGCGGCCGUGGCUGUAUUCUAACUCCGCCGACUACUCAGUUUCAGUGUGAUCAAGGUGCCAAUCCCACCAAGGGCUUCUCAAUUAGCCCGUCUGGUAUGCUCGAUUUCCAAGGAAGCUCCAACUUCAUCGCCUGCGACACUGGACAGAAUGGUGGUUUCAACAUCCACACCACUCCAAGCGACGCUCUCGGUCAGUGUAAAACCAUCCAGUUAACAGCCGACGCAUGCGCCGCCCCUGCGCCCACUCCGACUUCAACCAAGUCACCUGCUAGCAGUAGCUGUCCUACCACCUUGUCAUCAGGCAACUUUGAGUUCCCCCACCUCAUUAUUCCCAUCGACUCACGGUCUCCCAAUACUGCCUUGGGUACUCAAUUUAAUGGCACUGUGACAUCGACCAUCUCAACCAUAUUUAACUUUGAUAUUCCCCAGUCCACCUCCGGCAAGACAUGCAGUCUGGUCUUCCUAUUCCCCAGCCAGGCUAACCUCGUGACUUCAUCCUUUAGAUUUAGUGGUGAUGGCAAGGUUAAUUUUGCUAAACUCUCCAAAGCUGCUGAUACCUCAACUACCUUUAACAACGUCCCCUCUGUCUCUCAGGACCUAGGUGAUAUCACUAUUUCACCUGGUAAUUCAUUUGCUGUCUCCACCUUCGCGUGCCCUGCCGGUGAGGCUAUUUCCUUUGAGAUGAAGAAUGCGGGUACCACAAGCCUUAGCUUCUUUGAAGACUUCAAUCCUUCUCCCAUUGGUUUAUUUAUCACCGUCUGCUAAAGAAGCAGCAAUUUCUUGACACCCCUCCGGAAUGUAAUCCUUCAAAGAUGAUCAUAUGUGUGGAUUGCAAGAUCAAUGCCCGGGUGGAUAUGUCCAAGGUUAGGUUCUUAUGGCUUUAAUCCUAUAAUCCUCUUUCGUUUUCUUUCCCUUAUGCAGGCGGUAAUGUUUAAUAACCUGAAAUAUCGGCUUUUGUAUGCUCUAUUAGUCCCUAGCUAUAGUAAAUUAGUACUUCGGUAGCAAAUCUUCCUCCUUGCCUAGGAAACCUUCUCUUAAACCAUCAACAACCCAUGGUUCUUUAGCACACGCGUUAUGCUGUU